AUGUCUGUAUUGUGGCACACUAAGAUCAAACCGAAAAGGAGUUCCCAAAUAGCAAAUGGCAAAGAGAAAAGCAAGAUAAAAAUUAUUAAAUGGGUAGACAAAAGAUCUAUUUUUAUGAUCACGACACAUCCUGCUCAUAAUGCUACACUAGUACCUACAGCAAAGUUACGUUUGAAUUACUACUGGGCACCACUGUGGUGAAUUCGUGAAUUGUUUAUAAUGCGGUUUCUGACACAAAGCUAAGCAUUAUAGAAUUUAGAACACAACUAGCUAAAUAUCUAGUAAUAGAAUAAGCGGAAGUCAAAAAGCAGCCAGUUCCAUCGAGAAAGAGGCAAC